GUGCGGUCAGCCGGUAUCCUGCUCUUCAGCCGCACAUUGCGCUUGACGAAGCGCUUCGGCGGCGGCACGGAUUUCGUACCUGAGAACGCCUACAUCGGCCACCAGACGUGGCGGCACCCGGCUGGCAUCUCCAAGGGCGAAAGCAGAGCCGCCUUCGAUCCCAUGAGUCGGACCUCUUUCUUACAGAGCAACGAGAGUCUGAAUGAAAGCGCGACCGAGGAGGUGGAAGACGCAACGGAGGACAUGUAUUGGAAGGCAGACUCGGAAGAUCUGUAUCUGGCGUCCAUGGACUACGGGGAGAACAUGUCUGUCAACAAGACAGCAGAGCUCUUUGGUCACGACGCUGCACGGCGCAUGGCACACGAGAGCGGGGACAUCUUCGAGCUCUUCUCCUUCAAGCAUCCUGGUAUGGUCGGAUUCAAAAUCCGCGGUCUCUUGGACGGAAAGUCCAACCAGCUAUCCAUGGGUUUGGAGAUGGCCUUCGGACCCUACAGGAGCCCGGACAGGGUCAUACCGUUGGUUGACAUCGGGAAGCAGUUCUCGAUAGCCUUGGCAGGAAUGCCGUUUGUGUCUAGGGCGAGCAAGAACAAAGCGAUCACUGCUCUGCGCGACUUCACGCUGAAGGACAUGGGAAAGGCACAGGGAAUGGCUUUGAAGCCAGGAACUCAAGUCGCUCUCUACAGUCCGAAGUACGGGCGUUACGUAAAGAUGAACGACAAGGGCUUGACCCGCAGUUGGACGAUGACCGGCUACGGCAUCCCGGACCAUUGGACCAGGGAGCGGUUCACGGUGGUAGACGCGGGGGGCGGCCAGAUCGCGCUGCACUGUGCCAAGUACAACCGCUAUGUGGGCAUCGGGGGCAGGAGCCCGAAGAGGGAU